AUGCUGCGAGACCGUCAGCAUGCCGAAGCAUUGGGAGGAGCUUGUCACCAAGCUGACCACCGCGAAGAAAGUGCAAAGAGGCGCAAGACGACCGCCGAAAGCUCACUUCCAGUUCUGGGACCGCACCUUCCUGAUUUCCAGGUUGUCGAAGUGCAGGAGAUGGUGAACGAGGAGGGGGAGGACGAGGAGGAAGAUGAUGUGGUCACGUUGCCUUCAGCCAUGUCUCUACCAUGCCUCGAGUCACCUGAGAAGGAGACGAUAGUCUCUUCCUUUCCCGCUGCAGACAUGGCAACAUCUUCAAGCAUUCCUGUACCAGUGCAAGCGGAUGCUCCGGAGGCAACUGGGGAAGUCCACCCGGAAGAGACUGACUCUGACAGCGACUAUCGUCCAGGUCCAAGUGAGGACCCUUUGUGGGAAAGGCGUCAGGCCAUUCUCAACAAGCUCAACAAACUGAAUGACAUUAGUUGA